AUGGAGUUCGAUGAAGGAAUGAUUGUGAGACGUCUUGUGGACGAGUUUAAGACGGCUUCACGGCAACGGGCUUUGAAUGGAAAGGAGCAGAAAAUUGCCGAUUAUUUUGUGCGAAUUCUUCAGGAAGCGAAAUGCGGAAGUAUGAUUGUUGAGAGCGAGGAAGAAUUUGAAGAGGAGAGUGGCAUGAAUACUGACGACGAAUGCUGGGAUAUUGACGACACCCCACAAAGUGCCUUAAUUGCAGCAGAUUCAAUGGUAAAUUUUGAUGGAACCCUCAUAUCAACAAAACAAUUACACGCAGCAAUUUCCCAUCUUCGCUCAAGUCAGAAAGGCAUGCGAACUUUGAGUAGUAUGACGUCCAGAUUUCGCUGGAUAAAGACUAAAGACCACAUGAAUCGGCUUCGCGUUUUUGAAAAAAAUCAAGCGGCAAAAAUGAACAGGAUCUGCCAACUGAAGAGGAUUCGAGAUAUUUUGGCCGAAGAUGUGGAGAAAAAGUUAAUGGAAGGAAUAGCGCUUCACGAUUAUGAUUUGCGCCAAAUAGAAGGAUUACCAAGUUCGUUUCAAAGAAGAGUAUCCGGGAUCAAGAUAAAAUUCGAAUUGAAGGCGACAUAUUUG